AUGCAACCAGGGCUGAUCGAAACUCCAAACCAGGACAUCGUUGCAAUACACACAAGUCUUACCUCGCCCACCACUGCUCAACAUGGCCCCGGUCGCUCCCUCGCAGGCUCGUCAGAUGCUCGCUCCCCGCUGCGCAUCCGAAGCACCUUUUCGGAUGCCCAGCGGUCUGGUGGAGCAGUGUCUGACCACGACCUCAAAGUUGACCACCUCAGCCAGUCCCUUGGCUGGUUGAGUGUCGCCGAGGUCAAGUCCACUACGGCAACCCCAGCCACUGUCGCCGGUCAACGCGUCUUUGACUACGAGAAUGCGGCAGUCGCCUCAUCAUCCCGCGACAACUCCCGCACCGAUCUAGGUUUUAAGGUUAUCCAUAGCUCGCAGUCUGCCGGCGUCCAGCUGACCGAUUUCCCCAACGAGAUUCUGACUCAGAUCCUGUCCCACCUACACCCCGACUCGCACGGCGCCGUGGCCGUGGUGCGGCGGCAAGCCCGGCAGACGUUUGGCUCGUCGGCUCGUUCCAGCCCAAUCCAGGGAAGAAAGGCCACGGCCGUCCUGACCUACAACUCGAAGCUCCCGUGGAUGAUCAGCCAUGUCCAUGCGGACUUCACCGGCGGGAAGAAGGGCCCGAGGGUGAUACACGGGACGCGCGAUCUUGGUGUAGCCACCGUCAGCGAUCCCACCACGGGUAGGAUUGAGAAAUGGGGUUUGGAUGAUCCUUUCGCUUUCCAGCAGCUUGACGAGGCCUUUCCAAACCUAGAGUUCUUUGGUAUCGGUGAGGGACCGGCAGCUGUGCCCAACGUCAUGGACGUGAGCCAGCCCUAUGGCUUCGCCGGAGGCGAGGGCUUUCCCGGUGGCCGCGUGUACUACAAAGCGACUGGCCAGUUACGGGGACACUACAUUGGCCACGACCACGGCAUGACUGAGAUGCCGCCCGAGAUUCCGAAGAUCCCAGCCUUGGUUGAUGCGGUUAGCUGCGUCUGGAUCGCCAAGUCGUCCAGUGUCACGUCGACAACCCAGUCCAUGGUCGGUAUCUUGGCCGGAUCUACCCUCGGCGUUGUGACAAGUUAUGCUCUGGGCCAUGAGUCAACAGGCCCUCGAUUCGGUGACGGGGAUAUGACGGCUCGUUGGGUGCUCAGCCCCGGCGUGCCCAUCAUUGACAUUAAGGUUGAUGAGCAGUAUAGCCUGCGGCGGAAGGCCCUAGGCCGUGUCUGGGCUGUGGCAUUGAAUGCUCUCGGCGAGGUCUACUACCUCACCGAGCCACCAAGCCCUCCCUUUCUCAAGGGUAAGGCUGAGGGUGCGAUCAAGGAUGCUUGGCAUGCUGGCCGAACCGCGCAUUGGGAACUGAUUGAGGCGACCCGGCGCACCGCAAAGCCUGAUGAGUUCGACAAGAACGCGGUCAUGGGCACUUACUCCCCAAGAUCCUCUGCUCACGCGAUGAACCUAAGCAGAGAACAGGUCGUUGCCGAGGCCAGGGAGAUCGAGAAAUACUUCAAGCACACUCCCGCUCACUUCAGAAAAGUGUGCCAGGGCUGGGACAUGUUGCGUAAGCUUGAGGUCGACUUCGCUGCCGGCGGUGAGAAUGGCGGCGGAGAAUCCAUUUUCGUCGUCACCUGCGGCAAUGAAGAGGCCGAGCCCGCUUCUAUCCGCAGAUUUGUCAAGUGCAACGGCUCAAGGAAGUCCAGCCCGUCGGGGGCCUUGACCCCGGUUGCCCCGCCCUUGGCCCCUCGUCAGUCAAUCUUCGGCGGUGAAGCCGUGGUUGAGGUAUCCAAACCGACCCUUCAAGUUGACAGCAACACGAGCGGGAUAUCACCGCCGGCUUCUGGGUCGAGCACGCCUCGGCUUGGAUUCAUCUCAGGAAAGGUCGAGAUUGAAGAAUGGCGGACCAAUGAGUUCGUGUUCAAGCACAACCAUGCCGUAGAGAUCACGGCGAGCGCAGUGGACACGUCCACUUUCGCGCUGAUGACAGACUUCGAGGAUCCUCUGCUGUCGGGGUUGUCGGGGGCGAACACGCCUGGCACUCCCACCUCGAAGCAUGCAACUGGCGAGAUCCCCGGACGUCGUGCACGCCUAUUGGCGGUCGGAACCAACACCGGCUCCGUCGUCGUGUGGAACAUGCGUGACACAACCUCACCUGUCGUGAGCCCCGUGAGGGUCAUCCACACCGAGUCACCCGAGGUCACCGCCCUCGCAGUCUCCGCUCUCCUAUCCGCACCCUCAAUGCCAAAUCAUCGGGCCGCAUCCCGCGGCACAUCCUCCCACGCCAACCCGGCACUACAGCACGCUAACUACUUCGCUGUGCGGGCCAUCGCCCUCGACCCGAACGCCACCAUCCUCCGCGGCGUCCUCGCCUUCGGCACUUUCGUCCGCUUCUGGACCUACAGCUCCACGGCCCAGGGGUCCGGCCGGAAGCGCCGCCUCCGCCACUCGGACAUCCACGGCCGCCUGGCCGGCCGCCGCAACAACGGCACCGUGUCCAGCUACAUCGCUGCCGAGGAAGCCGAGCUGCGCCACGAACGCGAGCACCGCUCGCGCGAGGUCGACCGCCUCCGCAAGCGCUUCGGCGUCGGCCUUGCCGAGCUGACCGAGGAGGAGGCCCUGCAGUACGCCACCAUGGUCUCGGAAGAGUCUUUCGCCGUCGACGAGAUGCGGCGCAAUACCAGCGCCAGCGAUACCGCGGGCGAGACGGCCAGCUCGGUGGGGAGCAGCGCCGUCGAUGGCGCGUUUGUUACGCCCGAACCGAGUGUGAGUAAUGGUGGCGUGGGACCCAGCGGCGCUGUGGUCAAUCUGCCAGUCCUCAGGGAGGAGGUGGCUGCUACAACGGCGGAUGGGGAGAGUGGUGUUGGUGGGGGUGGUGACGACGAUGACUAUGAGGCGCAGAUCCAGCGGGCUAUUCGCCUGUCGCUUCUCGAGGGUGUUGGUGACAUGCCCCCCUCACAACAGCAAUCAUCCCCGCCAUCGCAAUCCCCGUCGCAGUCAUGGGGUGGCUCCGACGUCGCUACAACUUGGGGCGGGUAUGAGGUCAAAGUCCAGGUGAAGAGUGCCAAGGGCAAAGGCAAGGGCAAGGGCAGGUCAGAGGGGGCGUCGCCUGAUGCUGCUACGGGCGUGGGUGAAUCUGGUCUGGGCGUGUCGGGGUAUGCGGCCGGGGGAUCGGAGGUCGCUUCCGCCCCUGACGUUGGUGUUGAUGCGGAUGAUGACCUGGCGCUUGCGCUGCGGUUGAGUCUGGAGGAGGAGGAGGCCAGAUUGCGGAGGGUGAAGGAGCAGGAGGAGGCGGGAGUGGUGGAUGCGGAUGUUGCCUGGGAGGGUGAUGAGUACCCGCCGCUGGAGGUGAAAGGGAAGGGGAAGGGGAAGUGGGUUUGA